UUCGGCAUCAUCAAAUUGAUAAAUAAAAUUAUCAACAUUAAUAAACUAUAAUUAUCAUUUUGAUUACAAUAAUUUAUCAUUUUGAUAAUCUUUAAUUAUCGAAACGACAAACUUAAUUAUUGCUUUGAUAAACAUACUUAUCACUGGAUAAUUUUUCGCGUGCUCGUGUUUCCAUGUGUCAGUCAAAAAGUAAACAAAUAAACCAAAAUGAGCGCGGACGCCAACAGUGUGGAUGUGAAGCCGCUGGAACCUGAGGAAUUGGCCGUGGUUGAGUUAUUCCUCUCAUUUGAUGUCUCGCUUGAUACCGCCAGCGUUUUUCUUGAAAACGGCUAUCGCUUGGAAACAUUGAAAAUCAUCCAGAGGAAGGAGAUGGAGGAACUUUUUCAGCCACCGUUUCUUGCCGAUCGAACGAAGUGCCUCAACGGGUUGAGCGCUUGGCGUUUGGAGCAGGGGAUUCCAGCAAUUUCUUGUUGUAAACAUCCAGCAGCGGCGCAACCGGCAUCAGGCGCACAUCCGGCCGCAGUGCAACAUCCGGCCGCAGCGUUACAUCCGGCCGCAGCGCCACAUCCGGCCGCAGCGCAACAUCCAUCCGCAGCGCAACAUCCGGCCGCAGCGCUACAUCCUGCAGCACCAGAAGUAAGCCGUGAACAGUGCAAUGCUACAAUUUUCAAUGGUAAAGAGUACUUCAGGCAUUGUAAUUUCAGUCUAGUAGAAUAAUCACUCUCAUUUUUGUGUAUAAAUGCAAAUCUUA